AUGAAGGAUGCAACAAAACUUAAUAUUCUUACAAUAACAACUAACGUGAAGCCGGUGAUCAACUAUAUUACAAGAUAUAACAAACCAGACAAUAUGAGGGAAAUCACGCUAAUGGAUAAAAGUGGAAUGACUAUGUGCGCAAUUUUAUUUGGGGAUUUGGCUACAAAUGAAGGAUUAAUUCUUGAAGCCGAAAUCAAAGAUAAGCCUAUAAUAUCAUUAUCAGAUUUUAAAAUCUCUAUAUUUAAAGCAGAAACUCUUAUUGGAUGCACAUCAGAAAAAUUCAUUACAGAGAAAGAUGUAAUUCCUAACUCUAUUCAAAUACUGAUACUGGGUGAUGUUUCUAAUAACUUGGUAGUAAAGAGAGAGAGAGAGAGAGAGAGAGAGAGAGAGAGAGAGAGAGAGAGAGAGAGAUCUGUGGACGUGGCUCGCCAAUCCUCCGGGUCCGAAGGGGACCCAAAUCUUGCCAUUGAUCCGAGGAAAAGGAAAAGGAUGAUCUCAAACAGGGAGUCGGCGAGGAGGUCUCGGAUGAGGAAGCAACAGCAAUUGGAUGAUUUGCUCAAACAAGCUGCGCUCCUCAAAGAAGAGAAUGCUCGAAUCACAAUGCAGAUUGAUCUGUACACUGCACAGCAUCUCAAGGUUGAAGGAGAUAAUACUAUUCUGAGGACCCAAGUGAUGGAAUUAACUGAAAGGCUUCGGUCGCUGAAUUCGGUUCUUCAGUUUAUUGAGGAGUUCAGUGGGAUAGAGAUGGACAUUCCGGAGAUUCCGGAUCCUCUGCUUGAGCCAUGGCAGCUCCCGUGUCCUGCUCAGCCGAUCACUGCAUCUGCAAACAUGUUCCAGUUCUGAGUUCUUGGUUUCCUUGAGAGAUUUGGUGGGCUUCAUUUUGGUUUAGUAUCGUGUCGAUUAGAGAGGUUUGCCUCUUAUGUUCUGAAAUGUUAUGGUGGACUUAGGUAUUGAGUAGUAUUUCUGUGUGUUAUAUAUAUGUUUUUUUCCCGUUCAGUAUGUGUCAUUGAUCUUAGCAUGUGUUGUGACUUGAAUGUGAUGUCAAUUUCUAGUUAUGUUGUUGGAAUCUUGUAUGGUUGAUUAAUCUAGUGUAUUGUGAAAUCUUGAUGGGUAUUUUGUUGAUA